UCUGUAUCUGUAUCUUUCUAUCAAAGAAAAACAUAAAAUUAUAGUCACUGCGAACUGUGAGUCCGCGCGCGAGCGUUCAAUUUAAAUAUUUUUAUGCGUUUUUUUUUUGUUAAACUUGUUGUGCAAUGAUGGCGUGCUCCUGGAGUCGAGAGGAGGCUCGUUUGCAAAAGCUCAUGCAAGAAUGUUUGGAAGAAGAUGAUGAGGAGCCAAAGAGUGAUUCUGACAACCAAGAAGAUGAUGGAGAAGAAGACAAUUUAGAAAGGCAAGAUUUGGAUAGUGAUACCGAACAAGAAACUUCGGAGACGGAAGCCACUGAUGAAGUCGCUAGGGGAAAUUACCCUGUGUUUAUUGGCAAAGAUGGAACUGAGUGGGCCAAACAUAUGACGAAAAGAAAUGUGAAAACCAGAGCGGAGAACUUGAUAAAGCAUCUUCCAGGGGUAAAAAGACCUGCGAAAGACCUAAAAAGAGAAAUUGACAUUUGGAAGCUUUUUUUUACAGACGAAGUACUGAAUUCGAUAGUCGAAAAUACAAACAGACAUAUUGCCAUGAGUAGAGGCAAUUACCAACGUGAAAGAGAUGCAAAAGACACGGAUAUAUUAGAAAUACAAGCAUUGUUGAAUUGCUUUAUUUAUCUAGGGUAUUGAAAUCUAAUCGACUUAAUAUUGAGGAAAUAUGGACACAAAAUGGUACUGGCGUCGAGCUUUUUCGACUAACGAUGUCCCAAUGUCGAUUUCGAUUUCUGCUAGAUCACUUACGUUUUGAUCAUUUGGCAACUAGAGACGAACGAAAACAGACUGACAAGCUAGCCGCCAUCCGGACAGUGUUUGAUACAGUUGUUGGUAACUUUGAUUCAGCCUAUACACCUUUUGAAUGGGGGCUAAAAAUAUUUGCUAUGGUAGACGCCAAGACUUUCUACACCUGCAACAUGGAGGUUUACGUAGGAAAGCAGCCUGAGGGUCCAUUCCAAGCGAGUAAUUCUCCCACUGCAGUGGUGCAGAGAUUGUGGCAAUCAAUAAAAGGUAAUAUUACAGUUGACAACUGGUUUACCAGUAUGGAGCUACUCAAUUCCCUUCAGUCCGAUUUCAAGCUAACUUUAUCAGGUACUGUUAGAAAAAACAAAAGGGAAUUGCCACCUGAAUUUUCGAAUCCUUUGGGUCGUCCACUUUUAUCGUCCAUGUUCGCCUUUCGUCAUAACUGUACCUUAGUACCAUAUACACCAAAAAAGAAAAAAAACGUGCUGCUUUUAUCAAGUAUGCAUUUUGACGAUAAAAUAGAUGCUUCUACGGGAAAACCAGAUAUGAUAUUGGACUACAACUUAUCUAAAGGAGGUGUUGUUGACUGUGUGGACAAGCUAUGUGCGUCUUAUAACUGUGCACGUAAUACAAGAAGAUGGCCCUUGGUUGUGUUCUAUUCGUUACUCAAUAUAUCGGGAAUAAACUCUUUUGUUGUUCAUUCAAUGAAUAAUAAUGAAAGUAUACGACGAAGAAAGUUUUUGCGAUCUUUGUCAUUUCAAUUAGUGGAGGGCUAUAUUCGCCGUCGAAUGACGCAAACUAUUCCUAAGGCUACGCAGUUGAGAAUAAAAGAACUUUUCGGACUGGAAACACCUACACCUGAGCCCCUACCAGCAGGACAACGUGGACGUUGCUCAUACUGCGAUAGAAAAAAAAAUAGACCUUCUCGUUUUUUUUUGUGUUGAAUGCCACAAAUGUGUUUGUUUAGAGCAUUCACUUAUUAUUUGUCAUGAAUGCCGCUCAGAAUGAAACACAUUUUUAUUUUUAAAUUCUAGAAAGUUUUUAUGUGUUGUUAAAUGUUUAUUUUAAUUUUUUUGUAGCAAUAAGUUUUGU